AUGAAAAACGGCAGUUUUGGUGGAGAUAUCCUAAUCCUGGAGGCGUUAAAUGUCACCUACCAGUCUUCUAUUCCCGCCUUCAUCCUCCUCCUUCUCAUCUACAUCUUCAUCAUGGUGUCCAACAUCGGCCUGGUGGUGCUGAUCACCAUGGAGAGGAGCCUGCACCAGCCCAUGUACCUGCUCCUCUGCAACAUGAGUAUUAACGAUGUUUUUGGGGCCACGAUAGUUAUACCACAUGUACUCCGAGAUAUUUUAGCAUCAGACUCUUUGCGGUACAUACGUUACAACGACUGCGUCGUUCAGGCUUUCUGUGUUCACCUCCAUGCGAGCGCUUCUCACACUGUGCUCAUGAGCAUGGCCUUCGAUCGCUACGUGGCCAUCUGCAACCCGCUGCGGUACGCCACCAUCAUGACCCACAGGAUGGUGGUGGGUCUGUCGGUGACGGAGUGGGGAACAGCCUUCGUGAUGGUGCUGAUCCUCAUUGGCCUCAGCGUGCGACUGCCGCGCUGCAGGUCAGUUAUACUCAACCCGUUCUGUGACAAUGCCUCCUUGUUCAAGCUUUCCUGUGAGAGCGUGCUCAUCAACAACAUCUACGGCCUCAGCUACGUGGUCGUCCUGCUGGGCUCGUCCAUCUGCAGCGUCACGCUCACCUACAUGAAGAUUGCCGCGGUGUGUUUGCGCAGUAAGAACAAGGUGCUGAACAGCAAAGCGCUGCAGACCUGCGCCACCCACCUGGCCGUGUAUGUCUUCCUCCUGGUGGCCGGCUUCAUCAUUGUGAUCCUGCACCGUUUCCCUCAGCAUGCUGACCACCGAAAAGUUGCGGCGGUCAUGGGACAUGUUGUGUUGCCGGCCCUUAAUGCUGUUAUCUACGGGCUGCAAAUUAAAGAGGUCCGUCAGAGGAUUAUGGUUUUGUUCCAUAACAAUAAAUGUAGCUUUAAAAGAUGUAAAAAGACACAGGAUGCUAAUACAAUAUAA